AUGCUGGUACAUUACAGUGUAUGUCACUCAUCCCAGACAAUUCUCAGAUUGUCUGUAAGUGUCCUCAUCAUUCCUACCAUCUUAUUCGUGAUCUUCUCUCGAUUUAACAUCCGUCAGGAAACAAGGUACAUGCUGCUGGGAAAUGCUCUGCUUUCUGAUCUCAUCUACCUGUUGUUCUACACCCUGUCGGCUGCUCUCAAUGCAGCACACCUACAUCUCCCAAAGGAAGCCUGCGUCCUCCUGUUAUUUCUGCUGGCAGUGGCUUAUUGUGGAGGAUUGUUCACAGCUGUUGCAAUAGUCUUGGACACAUACGUAGCUAUUUUGUUUCCUUUGCGCUACAUCACUAUUUUGCCUCCUUCACGAACAAAAAAAAUCAUAGUUUUACUAUGGAUGAGGAAGCAGCUUCGCAUGGUGUCACCUGCUCCACCACCAUCCUGA